AUGAAGUCAUCCAUUUUCUUUGCCGCCACCGGCGCCAUGAUGGCCAUGGCCACUCCUCUUGACAAGCGUGUCAUUGUCGAGACCGAGGUUGUCGUCGAGUACACAACCCAGACUGUCACGGCUGGCUCUGAGCCUACUCCUGCCGCUGCCAACGCCGCUUUCGUCAAGGGCGACAAGCAGAAGGAGCAGCCUGCUGUGGUCUACACCACCACCACUGAGGCCGCCCCUACGCCCGAGGUCGUCUAUGUUACCGAGACCUACACCUACGGACAGGCUGCCGCCGAGACCACUGUCGAGACCCCGACGACGACCCAGGCUGCCGUUGUUAUUCAGGAGACCACCGAGGCUGCUGCCACAACCGAGGCUGCCCCUACGACCGAGGCUGCCGCCACCACCUAUGUUGCUGCUGCCACUAGUAGUGCUGAGGAGGCAGCUGCCUCGCCCUCUGACAUGGCCAGCACUGCUCUGUACGCCCACAACCUGCACCGUGCCAACCACUCGGCCCCCUCAAUGGAGUGGCUCGACGAGAUUGCCACCUAUGCCGAGUCCACCGCCAACACCUGCAAGUUUGCCCACGACAUGACUCAAGGAUCUGGAAACUAUGGCCAGAACAUUGCCAUGUGGGCCACCUCUGACAACGCUGAGGCUCUUGGUGCUGCUGGUGCCAUUGGUAUGGCUAGCCACGACAUGUGGUACAACGGUGAAGUCGGCCUUUUCCUGCCUUCUUACUACGGCGAGGCCACUCCCGACAUGUCCAACUUCGAGGCUUGGGGUCACUUCUCCCAGCUCGUCUGGAAGGACUCCACCCAGCUCGGCUGCUACGCCAAGCUCUGCGCAAAGGGCACCAUGUACACUGACAUGGACGCCUGGUACAUGGUCUGCAACUACAGACCUGCUGGCAAUGUCGGUGGUAGCUACGGCGACAACAUCCUUACCUCCCUGGGUGAGGCCACUGUCACCAACUAA